GAGAGAGAAAAACAUUACAAAAGGUGAAAAGAUAUUUUUGUUGUUUCUAACUCCGAAAGCGCCCUCUCUUCUCUUUCUCUUUCUGCAUCCAAAACCAAAUUAGGGUUUCUCGAUCUUCUUUAUUUCUCACUCCUCUCACCAUUUCAGGGUUUUACCUUCCUAACGCAGACGCAGGGUUAGUUCUGAGCAAUUUUGUUCGUUUUGAAGAGUAUUUAUCCGUUUCAACUGUUUUUAUUUAUUCAUCUGGGGCUACUUGUAAAGGUGUUAUCGCGAAUCUGGAAAAGAGGGGGCUUCCCUUUGAAUUUUAAAGGCGGCUGUUGACAACAAGAAUUUGUGAUUGACUAUGCGAACUUCAUGGGCUGAUUUGGCUGCAAAUUCUGCAGCUGAAAAUUCGGGUCCCGGGUUUUCUGCUAACAAUGUGGGAACUGGUAGCACUGGUAGCACUGUAGCUCCUUCACGACCAGUUUAUGUUCCUCCUCAUCUUAGGAACCGCCAGCCAUCAGCGGAAGCCCCAGCCCCAUCCCCAGCCCCGGCAUACAGUGGUCCUUCUUCUGGUUCUGUUGGCUCUAGUGCUGCUGGUAAUUCUGGAUCCCGUUGGCCUGCACCCAGAAACGAUCAUCGUUCUGGGUAUGGUGGUGGUGGACGCCCAGGUGGAUGGGGAAAUAGAAGUGGUGGAUGGGAUCGUGGCAGGGAAGUCAACCCCUUUGAAGAAGAGGAUAAUGCUGAAGAGGCAUUUAAUGAGCAGGAGAAUACAGGAAUAAAUUUUGAUGCAUAUGAGGACAUUCCGGUGGAGACUAGUGGUGAAAAUGUGCCCCCACCUGUGAAUACAUUUGCAGAGAUUGACUUGGGUGAUGCACUUAAUCAGAAUAUAAGAAGGUGCAAAUAUGUGAAACCAACACCUGUUCAGCGGCAUGCUAUACCAAUAUCUCUAGGUGGACGGGAUUUGAUGGCUUGUGCACAGACUGGUUCUGGAAAGACAGCUGCAUUCUGUUUCCCGAUCAUCAGUGGAAUUAUGAGGGGCCAACCUGUCCAUAGGCCACCUCGUGGGGUGCGCACUGUGUAUCCACUUGCGCUUGUUCUCUCUCCUACGAGGGAGCUAUCAAUGCAAAUACAUGAAGAGGCUAGGAAGUUUUCAUUCCAAACUGGUGUUAAGGUGGUUGUUGCUUAUGGUGGAGCACCAAUAAACCAGCAGCUGCGGGAUCUUGAGAGAGGGGUGGACAUUCUUGUUGCAACUCCUGGAAGACUGGUAGAUUUACUGGAGAGAGCUAGAGUUUCACUGCAGAUGAUUCGAUAUCUAGCCUUAGAUGAGGCAGACCGGAUGCUAGAUAUGGGUUUUGAGCCACAAAUAAGAAAGAUUGUAGAACAAAUGGACAUGCCUCCACCAGGUGCUAGACAGACUAUGUUGUUCAGUGCAACAUUUCCGAAAGAGAUACAGAGACUGGCUUCUGACUUUCUUUCAAAUUAUAUUUUCCUUGCUGUUGGAAGAGUGGGUUCAAGUACUGAUUUAAUUGUCCAAAGAGUUGAAUAUGUUCAAGAGUCUGACAAGAGAAGUCACCUAAUGGAUCUUCUUCAUGCACAGAGGGCAAAUGGUGUACAGGGAAAGCAAGCUUUGACUUUAGUUUUUGUGGAGACAAAGAAGGGAGCUGAUUCACUGGAACACUGGUUGUGUCUUAAUGGUUUUCCUGCAACUACUAUUCAUGGUGACAGGUCGCAGCAGGAAAGAGAACUAGCAUUGAGGUCUUUUAAAAGUGGCAACACCCCCAUAUUGGUUGCUACAGAUGUUGCUGCACGUGGUCUUGAUAUCCCCCAUGUUGCUCAUGUAGUGAACUUUGACCUGCCAAAUGAUAUUGAUGAUUAUGUACACCGAAUUGGAAGAACAGGGCGAGCUGGAAAGAAAGGUCUUGCAACUGCAUUCUUUAAUGAUAACAAUUCAUCACUAGCUAGAGCUUUAGCAGAUCUGAUGCAAGAAGCAAAUCAAGAAGUACCUGCUUGGCUCUCUCGGUAUGCUGCUCGGUCUUAUGGUGGAGGGAGAAACCGCAGAUCAGGUGGUCGGUUUGGUAGUCGUGACUUUCGGAGAGAGGGCUCUUUUACAAGGGGUUCUUCAGAUUACUACAGUUCAGGAAACAGCAGUGGUGGAUAUGGAAGCUCUGGUGGAUAUGCUGGAGGAGGAGGGUAUGGUCCUGGCGUCACUAGUGCCUGGGACUGACUUUCUUCUUUUCAUAUCAUUACACCAUCUUAGGUAUAGGUGCGAAUACACACACCUACAGGAUGAUUUUUCUCCCCUCUUGUUUUAAUGGUCUUCAAUUCACUUGUGUUUCAAGCCGUCAUUUUGUACUAUUUUACAGUGCUAAUCAUUGUGAGGGAUAUGGGUUUGUGUAUGUGGUCGAGUUGGCACAUCAAUAAAGAUUGUGUAAUGUUGGUAGGAAUUGGAGAUUUACUAACAUAUUAGGAGUUUCUGGUCGACGACUUUUUGACCCCUUCAUUUUGGGUGGUGAUUUUGGUGGGAGACUGGUUGUAGAUUAUGCCUGGGGAGAAAUUUGAGCUUUUUGUUAUGGCUAUCAUGGUUAACUGACUCAUCUCUCAAGCAUACUCUUCCCAGUUUCAACCCAUUUUAUGUUUAAAUUUAAUAUUUCCCCACUUUGAUGGGCAAAGGUUUUUGUAAUAUUAUAGUGGUGGCUGAAAUGAACGAUAAUUCCCCCAUGCUUCGAUUGAACAUACAAUUUGCAUCUGGUGACUAGUUUAUUUA